CAGGCAGAUGUGUUUUCAGAUGUGGCAGCCUUCUCUGCAGUGUGCUGGCUCUAUGGACGUUACUUGUAUGAGACGCUGAAGUACCCCAUAGGAUUGGUGGAGUCCUGUUGGGGAGGCACACCUGUCGAAGUCUGGUCAUCUUCAAGAGCACUGCAGCAAUGUGGACUGGAGAACAGCGGUCCUAAAGCAAACUCUGUCUUGUGGAAUGCAAUGAUCCACCCGCUGCUCAAUAUGACCAUCAAAGGAGCCAUCUGGUACCAAGGUGAGGCUAAUACAUACUAUCACGAAGACAACUACAACUGUUCCUUCCCUGCUAUGAUUGAUGACUGGAGGCAGGCAUUUCACAAGGGCUCAGGGGGACAGACAGCUGACGACUUCCCCUUCGGAUUUGUCCAGCUUUCCACCGACGUAAAAAACUCCACCAGUGAAUCCUUUCCAAAUGUCCGCUGGCACCAGACAGCAGACAUCGGCUUUGUCCCAAAUCAGCGGUUGAAGAAAACCUUCAUGGCCGUGGCUUUGGAUUUACCAGAUCCAACAUCACCCUUUGGCACGUAAGAAUUGUGUAUAUAUGUACUCCUAUCAUGUGACAACAUCGAGGAACAUUACACUUUGCCUUUACAGAUUGUCUUGAACAAGUGGUACCACAAGGGAUGGUCCUAAUAACUGAUUUAUGUGACACUUAAACAAAUGUUAAUAAAAUGCAAGCCACUUUACACCACACAUUAUGAAAAUUGCACAUUAUCCUACAAAACAUGACAACUCUCUAAAUAAAACAAAUAAUAUUCACUGAAAACAAUAUUCUUUAGGAAAAUGAAUCUCUAGGAAUCCCACCUGAUUAUUACAACAGCAUUUCCAUUGGGUGAAC